UUUUGGUUGGAAAGACAUGAGUCGGGCUUGACUGUGAGGGGCAGGUAUCCGCGGCUCUGCCAGCCAAAGUUUCUCUACGCGUGGACGAGCGCGAUUUGCGCGUCGCAGAGGGAUUAUAAUCUGGGAAUAUCAACAGCCAUGGAUGUGAGGAGAAUGUUGGAGGUGAUCUGGCGGGCUGCAGACAGACAUGACCGCCAACAAGAGUUCAAAGGCUGUUCCCCGAGGAGGAGGAGGGGGUAAAACUCCCCGGGACGUCCCCGACAGGUGCCAGUCUACAUCUCCAUGUCCUGCUGCCGCUGCCAGCCUGGGACACAGCCAGCGGCCCCUCCUGCAUAGCGACGAGAACUCUGGAAAACAGAGUCGGUACGUCAGGACCGACGGCAGGUUCCUGCUACGCUCUGGAUGGAACAGCAAGACAGCCAGCCUUUCCACUUCUGCUUCUCUUACGGGAGAGCCUGAUUCCCAAGGACGUCUCGUCAAGUCGAGGAGCAUCAGCUGCCUGGACAACAGGCUCUCCAUCUACAAGCCUCCAGCUCAGACCAAGCUGUGUCAGGAAGACCCGACUGCGCAGAAACAGAAGGAGAAACACGGGGAUCCUUCAGCAGGAGAUGGACUGAACGGUCGGCCUUUGAGUUGGAGCACACUCUCUCUGGGGCCGUCGUCUAACCAAGGCCACAAACGGGCCCUCUCCUUGACCCGCACUGUAGCGGGUGUCCCCCCAGCCACUAUCCGCAAAAAGAUAUCAGAAUGGGAGUGCAGGAGAGUUUCUCUGCCUAGGAUGAGCUUGUGUCUGGACAAAAGAGGAGGAGAGCGUGUCGGAGGUAGCGAGGGCUGCCCGAGCCUGCUUUCCUCGCCCUGUAGCGAGAAGACUUUUGACUUUAAGGCCGUUCGCAGGAUGAGCACGGCGUUCUCCGAAUGCUCCUACACAGAGGCGGAGGAAGAGGAAAGAGUUCCAGACAAGGAUGGUCUCGGUCGUUUCCAGAAAAGGAUCAGCAAGGCAGAGUCAUCGGGAACGUUUGUGCGUUCCCUGUCCGCUCGUAAAGAGACGUCAGCAGUUCUCAACAGGAUACAAAAGAUUGAGCAAGCCCUGAAGGAGAACCCCAGUCCUCCCCCUCCACGUUACCUGAGUAACUGCUACGCUCCAGACAAGAUGAGACAGAAGUCCUUUGUGAUAGGUGACGACCUGGACAGUACAUGCGCCAGUAAGCGCAGCAGCAUUUGCUCAGUGACCACUGAACCGGACGCUGUUUUGGUGUCUGACAAGCUCUCUAAACUGAGACAGAGGUUUAGUGUGAGCUCGGCCAGGUCUGAGAGCCCAGAGCCCCCCAGCCAGCAGACGCCUGUUGGCACACCAGUGAACCCCUUACCCAAACCCAAACGCACUUUUGAAUACGACGCCAAGCAGGACCAGACGCAAGCCAAUGGACUACCUCCAGACAGAGCCUCUGAGUCGCCCCCGCCGCUGCCCUCCACCCCUGCUCCCAGCGUGACACGAACUGCAAAGAGCGAGGGCAGCGCCCCCAUAAAAAUCCGUGACAGAGAGUCGUGCGAGUCAGAGGAUGCUGCCAGCUUGCCGUCUUCGUAUCCGUCCUCGCCCACGGAGAACGGCACACUGACCACAGAGACACGGACUCGACCCAAUUCCAAAAGCACUUUAGAGGAGAAUGCCUAUGAGGACAUAGUAGAGAAGGAGAAUCCGUACGAGGAUGUUGACCUGAGGCGAAGAAGUUUAGUUCGUAAGUCUUGCCUGUCGGAGAGCAGCAGAUUGUGGACCACCAUGGACAGGAAGCUGAACUCCCCACCUCAGUUGCCGUCCAAACCCAGCAGCCAGUCCCUUCGUCUUCCCGGUCCAUGCGAUCGUAAGAGCCACCGCAUGUCCCAGUUGUCGAAGCGCUACAGCCAGGACGAAAUGCUGCUUCUCCCCCAGAUGGGCGUAUCAUCGCCGUGCAGCCUGCUGGAUGAUAGCCUCUGUAGCGCCGGCGAUACCCUGGCCUCGCACAGGCACUGGAGGAUCCCCAAGCUGGUCCAGAGGAUCAACUCCAUUUACUGCACUAAACGUGGGAAGAAGAGGCUGAAGAAGCUGUCCAUGUCCAAUGUUGAGACUGCCUCUCUGAGAGAUGACAACAGUGAGAGUGAGAGCGACUCUGACGACAGGUUCAAAGCUCACACCCAGCGGUUGCUGAAGCUGCAGUCCAUCCUCCGACGAGCCCCGAGCUACCGAACGCUGGAGCUGCAGCUCAUAGAGUGGCAGGAGAGAGAACUCUUCGAGUACUUUGUGGUCGUUUCUCUGAAAAAGAAACCCAGCAAAAACUCCUACUCCCCCGAGGUCACCUAUCAAUUCCCCAAGCUGGAGAGACCCACUAAGCAGAUGAGAGAGGCCGAGCAGCGGCUCAAAGCCAUCCCUCAGUUUUGUUUCCCAGAUGCAAAAGACUGGAGUCCCGUCUCAGAGUACAGCAGCGAGACCUUCUCCUUCAUGUUGACUGGAGAGGACGGCAGCAGGAGGUUCGGGUACUGCAGACGCCUGCUGCCGACAGGGAAAGGGCCUCGUCUUCCAGAGGUGUACUGUGUCAUCAGCAGGCUGGGCUGUUUCGACUUGUUCUCUACAAUCCUGGAUGAGGUGGAGAGACGGAGAGGGGUCUCAGCGGCCCUGGUCUAUCCUUUCAUGAGGAGUCUGAUGGAGUCCCCCUUUCCUGCACCAGGAAAGAUAAUUAAAGUGAAGACCUUCCUGCCCGGCGCAGGAAAUGAGGUCAUUGAGCUGCGGCGGCCCACCGACUCCAGACUGGAGCACGUGGACUUUGACAGCCUUUUCAGAUGCCUCAGCGUGCGGCAGGUGAUACGCGUCUUCGCCUCGCUGCUGCUGGAGCGGCGAGUCAUCUUUGUGGCUGACAAACUCAGCACCCUGUCCAGCUGCAUGCUUGCUGUGGUGGCGCUGCUCUACCCCUUCUCCUGGCAACACACCUUCAUCCCCGUCCUGCCGGCGUCCAUGCUGGAUAUCGUCUGCUGUCCCACUCCCUUUCUGGUGGGGCUGCUCUCCAGCUCUCUGCCUAAACUCAAAGAGCUGCCUAUAGAAGAGGCCUUGAUGGUCGACCUGGGAACUGACCGCUUCAUCCGACAGAUGGACGACGAGGCCUCGCUGUUGCCGCGGAAACUUCAGGCGGCUCUGGAGCAAGCUCUGGAGCAGAGGAACGACAUAAUCAAUCAGGACUCCGACAGCGAGUCCGACGAAGAGUACAACUCCUUGAACAGUUUGGUGUCAGAAGCUUUCAUCCGCUUCUUCCUGGAGACGAUGGGACACUACUCACUGUUCAUCACGCAGAACGAGCGUGGGGAGCGGAUCUUCCAAAGAGAGGCCUUCCGUAAGUCCGUGGCCUCGAAGAGCAUCCGGCGUUUCCUGGGGGUCUUCAUGGAGUCUCAGAUGUUUGCCGGGUUCAUUCAGGAUCGCGAGCUGAGGAAGACGCGAGCUAAAGGUCUGUUCGAGCAGAGGGUGGAUCAGUAUCUGGAGGAGCUGCCAGACACAGAGCAGAGCGGAGUCAACAAGUUUCUCAAAGGCCUCGGAAGUAAAAUGAAGUUUCUUCAUAAGAAGAACUGAGGGGAAAACUGAAGACCGGAUGUCUCGAGUUUCUGCAUCAUGAUGAUUCUCUUUUUUGUUCAUGUUUUUGGCAUUUGAAAUGUACAUAUUAAUUCACUGCAAGCUGUGAUACUCUUCAGUGUAUGUUUAUAGUACCUUAUGAGACGGCGAUAGCGAGACGGUACACAGCCAGCGAGUCGUAGAGUAACCACUGAUGAGCGUUGUCCGAGUGUGUGAGAGUAUAAAAGAUAAUGCGGGCGUAUAUGUACAGUUUAUGUGUUUCAUUAUUUUACAGCAGUGUUGUCCUCUGUUUAAGGAGUGCUAAACAUAUUCUAAAGAACUGUACAUGCAAGACAAUGAAGAAAAUGAUUUUUAACUCUUCACAGAGUCUUUUGCAUUCUUUUAUUAAAAAAGUUAUUAAAGUUCUUUGAACGUCUGAGUGUACAUUGUUGGCUUUAUGAAAAUUUUAAUACUUUAAUAUGGUGAAUGUCAAUGUUUCUAUACAUUCUGUCAUCAAAUUGCUUCAACCUCCAUGCUCUCUGUAGCCUUCAUCACUCUGGGAAACGUUUUUUUGUAAUAUGACAAAAUGUGCAGAUGUCACUUUUGUAAAAACAGAAAUACGUUUUCCAAAUAAUACAAAAUCAACUCUUUUUACAUCUGACAUCUCAAUGACAGCCUCCCCUAAAGCUAAACACAAGGAGAAGCUGGUAAGAUCCCAAAAGACGCGGCAGUCUCGCACCAGCCACCACAUGCUGCCGGUAACCUAAUUACGUCUGUGCACAUCACUCUGGUGGCUGUCACUGCCACGCUGUUAUUAGCUCUCCUAACUGAGGCUCGCUGUUGACUCCAGGUGCCACCUUACUUUGCCUCUGCCUGUGUCCUUUAAAGCAAUUAGGAGUGACAUUUGAUGUGCAGUCAUUAUGUUGUGUGUUUAGGAUCGAGCUGCACGCCCACUGAUAACAGUGGAGGAAGUCGUCAGACCCCUCGGCUAAUUUUACACCAUAAUAGCAGACUGGUAAUUAGCAGUGCCACAUUCAGAUUAAUACUUCAAAUGGUUCUUAAAUAAUUUCAUCAGAAGAAUUUUUUAAAGCUUUUAAAUUGGUAUAAUUUUCACAUGCUUACAAAAUAGGUUUUGAAAAUACACAUUUUUAGAAUACAUUAAGAAAAAGUUACACAAUAACAAAAAAUAUCUGCUAUAAAUCUGCAUAAGUACAUUUUUUAUACUGGUAAACUAUUUUUUCUAUGAUGUUGAAGACGUCAAUGUAGAACCAGCAGAUAAUUGUUGACAGCCAGCUCCACCUUUCCACCGUUCAAGGCCCUCCAUAACCUCUCUCCUCUGCACCUUACUGACCUGUUCCGCAUCUAGAGCUGCACUCUCAGGACUGCCUCCUCUCUGAGCCUUGAGCUGCUCACUUUGAUGAUUUCCUACAUUUGCAAAAAAUAUUAUUUCUUGUCAGGAGCUCUUGUUUGAGAUGCAAAGCUGUAGCGGGUCUGUCUGCAUUACAGUCAUUACUUCAUUUAUUUUAUGUAACAUACUUCGGUUUCUUUCCACAAUCAAC